AUGGAACGAGAAGCUCCCGGUGUCGUAUCACGGGCCCCUCAGACAGAUCUAUUAGACCCUCCUAGGGAUGGUAGAACAUUUUGUUCUAUCACUGAGCGACAUGACGACGCAGCCGAGUCUACUGGUGUCGAGAUAUCCUCAACGGUCUUGGGGCAGGAUAACAAAACUGGGCAGGUCCCUUUCUACACUGGCGAGUCUCCAGGAUAUACAUCCAUUCUCGAUGUCUUCACACAACCAAACCAGACUGUGCCAAGGCAUAUUUUGCUUUCACCGAAUAUAUCGGCUUCGCUAUCUACCCAGGAUCGUGAAUUCCUUCAAUAUAAGGGUGUGUUCACCAUGCCACAGAAAAAUACCUUUACCGAACUUCUCCGCGCGUAUUUUUAUCAUAUACACCCUAUCCUCCCGAUAGUUGAUGUCAAAGUAUUCUUCAAUUGCAAUCAAGGUGUUCAAACGAACGAGUGGAAUUUACUGUUACUAUGGAGCAUGUUCUUUGCGGCAACAAAUUUUGUUGGUGAGGAUAUUUGGUCGCUCGAAGGCUAUUCCUCCCGUAAGGAGAUGAAAAAGGCUAUGUAUUCUCGCGCGAAGUGCAUGUACGAUAACGGCGGCGAGACAGACAGGGUAGUCCUCACACAAUCGGCCCUCCUCAUGGCAUUCUGGCACUCAAAAGAAGAUGGCCAUGCGCAACCAUGGUACUGGAUAGGGAUUGCGAUCAGCCUCUGUCAAGUUUUGGGCUUACACCGAGACCCGGAUUCAGCCAAGCUCAAUUCAGCCUUUCCUACUCGCCUGCGUCCUAUCUGGCGCCGUAUCUGGUGGAGUUGCUUCUUCCGAGACCGCUGGUUGAGUCUCACGUUAGGGCGACCCAUGAGAAUAAAUAUUGACGAUUGCGACCAACCGAUGCCUUCAGCCGCUGAUUUGCUGGGUGACGUCGCUGAACUACCAUCGUCAAUCACCAGCGCUUAUAUCCCCGACGACUUACCUGAGUUGGCUGAGUAUUGGAUUGUUCUGCUCAAAUUGAGCAAGCUUUUAGGUAAAAUUCUCUCACUUAGCUAUAAGCCUUUGGGCGCAAGGCCGACGAUACAACAAUUCGAUUCCCUCAGAACGGAGCUCUUGCAAUUCCGGAUACCAGAUAGAGCUGGACAUGAGCAAAGUCGUCUGGCAGCUUUUUAUAUAUACCACUUACAACUGCAUUAUCAAGCUGCUUUGAUCACUUUCUACUCCCCUUAUAUCACCAGGAUCCCGGAACACCUUCCACCUGCCCAUGUGGAGUCAUGGCAAAGUGACAUACGGAGCCAGUUGGACACAGCAGCAUUGCAAUCCAACUCUAUUCUUAAUGACCUUGUACGAGAAAAGCUUCUCGCCUUUGCCGGCCCGAUGACUCCUACACUGUUAAUACCGGCUAUGCAUAUCCACCUACAUAAUUGCAAAUCUACAGAUGCUCUUAUGCGCCGUGUAGGUUUCAACAACUUAGAGCUAUGCAUGAUGGUCAUGGAAAGCUUUCAGGAUACGUACUCAGCGGCUGCGUUGUACCGAGGCGUUUUCUUGGUCGCUAUAAACAAAAUCCGCCACCACUUCUUGAUUGAGUCAAGCCCGCGAAAUACAGACAUAUCUGAUCCAGCUACUUCACGCGUGGAACCCCCUGAAUCAUCAGCCACACUUCCCACAGUCAGCGACGAUGCCCUCAACGCACUUUUGGAUGAUACAUCUUUCCUUGACUUUUGGGAUUCUUUCAACGUCACUUUUGAUUCUAACUAUAUGUAA